AUGGACGGUGAGGACCAGACCAACCAAGAUGCCCGAGUCAGCAAACUAUGGAAAACAUUGGAUACUCGGAACGAGGGCCGAUUGAACCUCAAUGGCCUGAAGAAGGGGCUGAGCAACAUAAACCAUCCUCUCAAGAAUGCUGACUCCCUUCUCCAAGAUGUCAUGAAGGCUGUGGAUACGAAUCGAGAUGGUCGCAUAGAUUACUCUGAAUUUCGAAAGUUUGUCGAACAGACGGAAAAAGAGCUCUGGCAACUUUUUAAGAGUAUUGACCGAGAUCAUAAUGGGCAACUGGACAAGGGGGAAAUCAGAUCGGCGUUUGAGAGGGCUGGGAUUCAGCUUCCAGGAACAAAACUUGAUCAAUUCUUCUCCGAGGUUGAUACUAACCACGACGGCGUCAUCACCUUUGAUGAGUGGAGGGACUUUCUGCUGUUCAUCCCGGCGAACACCCCGAACCUACGAGCAGUACUUUCCUACUAUUCUUCCACCGUUACCGUUAAUCCAGAGGGGGAUGUGCACGUAUCAGACGAUAAUGUGGAGGGGUUAGGUUAUUUCGUGGCCGGCGGAAUCGCAGGCGUUGUCUCUCGAACAGCGACUGCGCCUUUGGAUCGCCUGAAAGUGUACCUUAUAGCGCAGGUCGGGGUCAAGGACGACGCAAUAAAUCACGCAAAGUCGGGAGCUCCUUUGAAAGCAGCAAAGACAGCAGGGAGACCGUUGAUGGAGGCAACGAAGGCACUAUGGCGUAUGGGAGGCAUGCGAAGUUUGUUCGCCGGGAACGGGCUCAACGUCGUCAAAGUGAUGCCAGAGUCUGCCAUCAAAUUCGGCAGUUAUGAGGGUUCUAAACGUCUGCUGGCGCGCCUUGAAGGCCACGAUGAUCCAAAAGCCCUAAAGCCCUGGACACAGUUCUUCGCCGCUGGCCUGGGUGGACUCAUUUCACAAUUUUGCGUCUAUCCCCUCGAUACCUUAAAAUUCCGUGUCCAAAACGAGACUAUCAAAGGCGGCCUUCACGGCAAUGCCUUGAUCCUCGCUACUGCUCGCAAGAUGUGGGCUACCAGUGGCGUUCGUUCCUUUUACCGCGGCCUUCCUAUGGGUCUCGUCGGCAUGUUCCCUUACAGCGCCAUCGACCUUACUACCUUCGAGUACCUCAAGCAGAUCAUUAGCAGACGCAAAGCACGGCUAAAGAAAUGCGACGAGGAUGACGUCACACUCAGUAACUUCACCACAGCCAGCAUUGGCGCUUUUAGUGGUGCAUUUGGCGCCAGUACUGUUUAUCCACUCAAUUUACUUCGAACGAGAUUGCAGAGUCAAGGCACCGCUAUACAUCCGCCGACCUACACCGGCAUUUGGGACGUGACGGUCAAGACGGUCAAAGGGGAGGGAAUUAGGGGGUUGUUCAAAGGCAUCACGCCAAACCUGCUGAAAGUGGUUCCGGCUGUCUCGAUUACUUAUGUUGUAUAUGAUAACUCGAAAGCUGCGCUAGGGUUACGAUGA